CCUUCCCCUCGCCCUCAGCUUCUUCCCUGGCGGCCGCUUCCUUGGGCCCCCCUCCCCCUCCCCCGAGCAGCAGCAGCAGCAGCAGCAGCAGCAGCGGGGAUGCCGCGGGCGCAGCCGCAGCAGCAGCAGCAGCAGCGGGGGGGAGCCCGUUGCCGCGGCUGCGCAGCAGCAGCAGCAGCAGCAGCAGCGGGGAUGCCGCGCCCGCAGCAGCAGCAGCAGCGGGGGGGAGCCCGCUGCCGCUGCUGCGCAGCAGCAGCGUGAGGGCCCCGCUGCUGCUGCUGCCGCGAGGCAGCAAACUAAUAAAAGGCUUCGAGGGGCCCCAGUUUGUGGGGCUGGGCCCCUCGCUGCAGUACCGGCAGCGGCUGCGGAGACACCGCAGAGACGAGGGCUGGAACUUCUCCAACUUGCCUUUCAAAAGAUUCUUUUUUGCUGCUCGAAGAAACCACAGAGACCAGCAGCAGCACGGCUGGCUGCUGCAGCAGCACCGCGCAUGCAUGCGCAGGCUGCGUGCUCUCCGCCAGCGCCUGCUGCUGCAGCAGCAGCAGCUGCUGCAGCUGCUGCCGCAGCAGCAGCAGCAGCUGCAGCUGCUGCGCGGCGGCCGGCAGCAGCGCAGCCAGCCGCAGGGCGCAGCAGCUGAGGGACAGCAGCAACAGCAGCAGCAGCAGCAGCAGCAGCAGCAGCAGCAGCAGCUGGAUUCGGCAAGCAGCAGCAGCGGGGCGGGCGAGGAGGGGGGGGGGCCCAGAGACUGCAUUGCUGCAGCAAGAGCUGUGCUGCUGUCGGUGCCUGCUGCUGCAGUGCUGCAGCAAAUGUCUGCUGCUGCGCUGCAGCAGCUGCGCGAGCGGCUGCGUGCUGCACUGGUGGACGUGGUGAUUGCUGCUGCGCCUCCUGCUGCAGUUGCUGCUGCUGCUGCUGCUGGCUUCGCGCUGCCGCCCACUGCAGCAGCAGCAGCAGCCUCCCCGCUGCCCUGGUGGAGCAGCAGCAAGGGGCAGCAGCUGUGGAGAAGCAACAAGCAGGUGCAGCAGCAGCAAAGCAGCAGAGUCAACUGGGCUGCUGCUAGGCGGCCUGUGGAGCCAGUGCUGGCCGGUUUGCUGCUGCCAGCAGCAGCAGCAGCAGUUGCUGCAGCAGAAAGAAAAGCUCGCCGCCGCGAAGUCCUCGAGGCCAUCCGCAGCUUCCUCUUCCCGCAGCAGACCCCCGACAACCCUGCUGCUGCUGCUGCUGCUGCUGCUGCUGCAGCUGCAGCGGGAACGGCGUCUGCAGCGCAGCCAGCAGCAGCAGCAGCAGCAGCAGCAGCAGCAGCAGCGCCGGUGCCCUGGUUCAUCACCGAGGAGGAGACACGGCUGCAGCAGCUGCUGAACGCCGGCGCGAGGCCCUGCCGAGCAGCAGCAGCAGCAGCAGCAGCAGCAGCAGCAGCAGCAGCAGGACCCCCUCCUCUUGCUGCUGCCAAACCCCACGGGCCCCCCGAGGAGCCCCUCCAGGGGGCCCCCCAGGGCCCCCCCCAGGGGGGCCCCCAGGAUUGCCUCCAGGGGGGCCCCCCUGGGGGCCCCCAGGAUUGCCUCCCUGGGGGGGGCCCCCCUGGGGGCCCCCAGGGGCCCCCCGCCGGGGGCCCCCAGGGGGGCCCCCCGGGGGGCCCCCCGGGGGGCCCCUUGGAGAGCCCCCUGCGGAGGGCGUUGGGGGCAGCAGUGGAGGUGCGGCUGAGUCUGGUGGAAGCCACAGUGCUGAAGAGGGGCCCCCCGGGAGGGUACAGUUGGGGGGCCCCCUUUCUUAAGGCUGGCAGCAGCAGCAGCAGCAGCAGCAGCAGCAGCAGCAGCAGCGGCGGGAAGCGCAGCAAACGCAGGCGGCGGAGGCCACCCCCGGAGGCCAGGAGCAGCAGCAGGAGGCUCCGGCUGCUGCAAAACAAACGCGCCAGGCAGCUAGCUAGCCAGCUAGCUGGCUAG